AUGGCAAAAAUACUACCACCCAAUGUUCUCACAUAUCUGGCGACAUAUGUCAAUAAAGAUGACCAGCUUGGCUGUGCCUUAGUCUGCAAACAGUGGACAGAACCAUUUCUAAACGCUUAUUGGGCUAGAGUUAAUAUUUACUUCUGGAAUUCAAAACACUUCAUCGACAAAUUGUAUCUUAGACAAGACUAUCAAAAGAAUGCACAUCGAACGUGGGCGUUAGAUAUCCAUUUAGAUGAAAAUAUAUUUGCAUAUAUUCCAGUAUUGCAGCAAACAUAUUCCAGAAUAAAGUAUUUCUCUUGUUCGGUAUCUGAACCAUACGAGCUUACUGACAUAAUAAAUUGGAGUCUUUGGAAAACAUUAUCACACCUGAAAUUAGAUGUUAAGGAUGGCGAAAACGUGAUGGAUGAACUUCUCGAAGAACUGUCAGUAUUGCCUUGUCUUAUUCACCUCACGAUCAAAAGCUUACAUAGUAUUAUGCGAAAACCCAAUUUUUCCCUCGCCAACUUUGAAUCACUUCACUGCUACUUUCCACGCCUACAAUAUAUCAAGAUACAAGCUAAAUUUAAACCAAUAUCCGAAAAAGAAAUCGAAAAAAUAAGAAACGUUGAACCAGCACACAAUGUUACCAAGAUCGAUUUCAAUUCUCCUCAUAUUAGCUCAUUGUGGAUAUUCUACUCUGCACACAAGUAUCCCAAUAUAGUCACUUGCUAUUUAAGCUCAUAUGGUAAACCAUACAACGUCAAUCCACCAUCUUACUAUGACCAGCAGAAAUAUCAGAGUCAACUUCAAUUACUGUUAUCCGCCAAGCAAUUCUUUCCUUGUCUACAAAAAAUACACAUGGAAAUCAACCAGGUUAACAUUAUUUUUGAUAUUGUGGAACCAGAAAUGAAUGAUUUAAACACGUGGAUCAAAUAUUUUUCUGAAUCUGUGGAGAUUUUGCAUAUCAACUACGGAAGCAUUGUCAAUAAUUUUAUACCUCCAGACAGAAGAUUUCUCGUACAUUGCAACAAGUUAACUGAAUUGUCCAUCAAAAUCGGUAGUUAUAUAUGCAUAGAGAAGAUUUUGGAUCAUUGUCCCGUCUUGCAAUUAUUGUACAUAAAGGAUUCAUGUAUUUCUUACCCCGAGUACCCACAGUCUAUACACUUACCACACCCGCUACGAAAGCUAGUAAUAAUCAAUACAUAUCUAUUGACUCCUGUUUUUAACUACAUAUCUUUCCGUUGUGGACAGCUGAAAUAUAUGGAAUUGAGGGAAGUCCGUUAUCAUAUUCCGGAAAAUAAUGAAACCGGACAAGUACUUUUGGAUAUGUCUUUUUCACAACUAAAAGUGCUAAUAACAUACGGUACCCAAAUUACUAAGUUUCGUCAUCGCAGUACUCUUCCUAAGCAUAUUGUCAUUGAACAAAUGGGGAAUAAUAGCAUUGAUCAAGGACAAGCACCUCAAUUGAACUGGCACCAUUUGUGCGUUGACAAAACAAACAGAAAAUCUAGACUAUUGGCAUGGAAACUUGGAAGACGUGACAUUGAAUUUGCACACAGAUACCUUCAAGACUUUAAACGAAGAAGAGGAAAGGAAACGCUGCGAAAGGACAUGAAACGAUCUAAAAUGGGUUAUAAACUCAAAAGAUUCUGGAAAAGAGAUCUUCAAUAUGGUGUCUUGAUAUUUCGAUUCAAAUCUGUUGAAGAAUAUUUUAUUGACAAAAAGGAUGAAGAUCAAUAUGAUCUCAAAAAAAUGUCAGCCAUGUAUUAUUGUAAAACCCAUCCUUUUAAUUUUUAUCAUGAGAGUGAAUUGAUAAUGUAA